AUGAGUUUGCAGAGUAUCUGGCGUACCUCCACAGGUACGCAGCUGUGUCGCUUGCAGUCACGGUCGCUGUCAUGUAGCGCAGCUGUUAAGUCCGGCCACAACAGAUGGUCGAAGAUCAAGCACGAUAAAGGCAAGGAGGAUGCUAUCAAAAGCAGAGCGCGCACGAUGCUUUCGCAGGAGAUUAUGCUCGCGUCAAAAUUUGGUGGUCCCGAUCCCAGCCUCAAUUCUCGGCUUGCUAUAGCCAUCGCCAACGCCAAGCGCGGUCAGCUAUCCAAACCGUCCAUCGAGCAUGCGAUAGCGAAGGGCCAGGGCAAGUCCCUCAGCGGUGCUCCUCUCGAGUCGAUCACAAUUGAGGCUAUGCUCCCCGCCACUGUCGCUGCGAUCAUUGAAUGUCAAACCGAGAACAAGGCAAAAACAUUGCAGGACCUUCGCGCCGUGAUCACCCGAAAUGGCGGCACACUUACGCCUACAUCUUUUCUUUUCGACCGUAAGGGCAAAGUGUGGUUUCAAGAGCGGGAAGGCGUAGAUGCAGAAAGAGCGAUGGAUGAAGCCAUCGAGGCUGGAGCCACAGACUUCGCUAGCGAGGAUGGCAGACUGGUGAUCGAAACCGAGCCGAGUGAUGUGACUGCUGUUUCAGACAGGCUCUGUGAACGGAUGCAGUUGCAGAUCGAGCGGGCAGAUAUUGUGUUUGAUCCGAAGGAGGAGACUAUGGUCGAUCUUUCGGACGAUCAAGAAUCAGAAUUGCAACGUGUUCUGGAGCUCAUUGAGGCGGACAACUCUGUACAAAAUGUGUAUACCAACAUCAUAUAG